CGGAAGUGAAGAGGCGGCUUCCGGCGCGGCGUCGGUCGGAGCUCGGGUGGUGCCGUUGGUGCUUGCCUGCGGUUGGGGCCGUUGCGGGAGGAGGAGCCGGUAGAUUCUGUCAGAGGAUUGGAAAGAACCAUGGUGUGCAUUCCUUGUAUCGUCAUUCCAAUUCUGCUCUGGGUCUAUAAGAAAUUCCUUGAGCCAUAUGUCUACCCUAUAAUUUCACCUUUCAUUAAGCGCAUAUGGCCUAGGAAAGCUGUGCAGGGAACACUGGCCACCAAACAAGGCCAAGGAGACAGUACUGGAACUAUUCUGGGGACUUCAACCACAAACCUAGGCCCAACAGAUGAUUUUGGAAUGUAUAAGAUUGAAAGCAAUGGGGUCGCAAAUGGAAUCACUGCAAAGGGACCAACGAAAGUUUCUGACAAGAAGACUGAUUAAAGGAACUUGUUCAUUAGGAACUUUUCUUUGCUGUAUAAUGUGAACUGGUGAUACUGUUCCCACUUUGAGAUUUGAUGGCCCUUCUACCUGAAAGGAAGCAUGAGUUGUUUAUAGCAGAGGGUUUCCUCUGCCACUGAAAUGGGUGAAUUUAGCAGCUCUCUCUUUAAGAUGUUUGAGAAGUUGUUUUAAACUAUUCUUAUUCCUUACUACAUUUUACUCACUGAAAUUCUCUGCAUCUGUAAUGCAGUUCAGAUGAUAAGGUUAGAUAUCCUAGAUUAAUUUAUUUUUAUCAAUAAAUGAAGCUUUACAUGGUAAA